UGUGCUGUAUUGGUACGACUGGCAUUGUGUUUCACUCUACAUGCACUAAUUUCCCGGAACUUAGCUACCGCAAGAAUCGAAAAAAAAAAGAAAUUAAAACAAACAAAUAGAAGAAGAAAAUACGAAAGGAUGAUGGGCACGCCGCCGUUAACGAAUUUCACCAAUAUGACCUCUUCUACUCCAACUUCGCUGCCGUACCUUGGUCCCUUAUUCAUGGAAUACACUAGGGUUGUGUUUUAUGCUAUCAUAAGCAUCGUGGGCACCAUAGGAAACACUCUGGUAAUAUUGGCGUAUCGAAAUCCUCGCAUGCGAAGCGUCACGAACCUUUUUAUAGCAAACCUAGCAGUCGCGGACCUGACCGUGUGCCUAAUCAAUACCCCAGUGGCAGUGAUAUACUCCACCUUGAAACGUUGGCCGUUCGGUCUUUUCCUUUGCAAGUUGAUAAAUUAUAUUCAAGGAAUAACGGUUUUCGCCUCGGUCGGGACGUUGAUGGCCAUUGCUGCAGACCGGUAUCGAGCAAUCGUACAUCCAUUACUGCCCAGAAUUCGCAAACGACACGCCAUCACAAUCAUCGUCGCGAUUUGGAUUGUAGCUUCAAUCUUUCCUUUCCCACUUUUUUUCUACCAAAAACUAGACGAUCGCAGCAUUUUCUGCUCCGAAGAGUGGCCGAGCGUGGAAGCUCAAAAAAUAUACACUGUGUUUGUUGCAGUUGCACUUUAUGUAAUACCUCUAACUGUCAUAUCGUUGCUGUAUUUUCUUAUUUGCCAUAACCUUAACUCUUCGCAGGCCACCACACAAGAAGGUAAGUGUCGGCAUAGAGAUACAUAUUUUUUUCUUUAUUUAAUUUUUUGGGGGACUAUAAUUAUUACUUUUAAAAUUGAUUAAAGCAAAGCCCUGCUAGCUAACGGAAAAUGAAAAUACGGACCUUGGGAUGAAACGGAAACAUAAACAGCGACGCAAAUUAUUUCUUGCUGGAAACCAAAAGUAAACUUUAAUAUGGAGAUUUGUUAUGAAACAAUCAGUUAACUUAGGAAACGGAUUUCUACAUCCACUAAUAGCAAAACGCGUGAAUUUUUUUCCCUUAUUUACACUGCGUCUUCUUUAGCUAAAAUUAUUCGGUGAAAUAAAAAACAAUUCAGUUCGUUUAAAGAAAAGUUGUACUUUCACUGUUUUUGUUUUGUAAGAAAACCAUUUUAGCUCAAAUUAACGUUUUUGAAUGAAGUUCCCUGUCCCCAAAAUAUAGAAUUUCAUUUCACUACAAGUCGUAGCUAAUUCAGAUAGUCUGUUUGGAAUUUAUAAUCCAUAAACAAAUACUCUAAAGCCAAAUUGCACGCUAAUGAUAGUCGUGUCUUUUCCCCUUUUUUUGGCUUAUGGAUACCCAGAGAGAAUUUGACAGAUUCAAGAUCUGUUAAAACAAAAAUUACGUUUUUAGACGCGUUCAAGAUGGUUGUGGCGAAAAUAUUAAGAAACAGCUUUGGGAACUGAAAAGGCUAAACAAUUUAACUACCCAUGAUGGUAUCCGGGGAAACAGUAUAACAACGCUCUUCUAACACCACCAAGUCAAAAAGAAACUAAUGAAGAACUGAGACGUUCAGUCGUGUGGCACUUAUUUGGCGAGUUUCAUUAAAAAGAGCGUUUUCAGUUCUUGGUCGAUUUUGAUUUUGGUGAGGUGCCUGGUGAGUGAUUGAGUUAUAACCAUUUAGGUCGUCGCUGAUUUUCACUCAUGAUACGUGUAGAUAAAUUCAAGCAAAUUUAAUUCAAAAGAUUUCAGUGUGUCCAGCAGCACUUUGGAGGAAACGAGCGGAAAGGUUUCAUAUAGCAGAAUUGUUCUUUGGACAAUAAGUGUCUUUACACCCAUUUCGUUCUAUCUCAUUGCAUUUUAAUGACAUUGAAAAAAGCAUUAGAAAAUGAGUAUGGUAAAUAAGUUUUAAAAUGAGAAAGUAAACAACUGAUUUGUGGAGAAUGGCAUAAAAGCAAAAUCGUGAGUAUUUUGUGGUCGACUGGCGAGGAAAACCUACAAUAUAGAUCAGGCAGUGUUAAUUAAUUUUUUAAAAGCAUUGUUUUAUAAGAAACCGGAAUCUAAUGUCAAGCUGUCUCUUUUUUCUUAAUGAAUGCAAAAUUUCCUUUUAAUUUACGGAAAUCUUCUCGAACUGAAAUUUACUAGUGAUUGAAUCGACGAAAACAAACUUUGCAAAUUAACACAAUAAAUUAUACCCGGGUCAAUUUUUAUGUACGUCAUUCCCUUGGGGGACUGAAUUGUCAGUGAGUUGUUUUAAAUUUUAAACAGAUAAAGUUUAAAAGUAAAACUUCCUCGUCGUUGCGUGGGUUCCAAAAAGGUUUAAAUUAAGUUUGAAAAACCAUUAGUUUUCUCGAAAGAGGAAGAGAUAAAAAAAUCCUUCAUAAAAGGUGAUUAAUUUUACUACUCUGCGCGAUAAGGAAGGGAAAUUCUUUCUACCAGCAGGGUUAAACAUUUACUCCGGAAGGCACGCUCGCCUAAAGGUUCAGUGAAAGCCUUAUAAACCUAAAUCACUGCGUUUUUUAUAAUUCAUUUUCGUAUGUUUACAGCAAAACUUUUCCUAACUUAAGUUGUGCGUGUAGCUCGGGUAUGAGGAAAUACCAGUCAAGUGAAAUUUUAAACCAUUAUAUUUAUUAACCUUUUGUGACUCCAUAUCUCAGUGAUAUCUGAUUUAGUUUCACAGCCUUUUUGCAUUAGCAAGCAAGUGCAUUCUGAAUGUUUCGGAAACUCAUGCUGUUACUAACUGACAAAAAAGAUCUGCAUUGUACUUUUAGACUUUAUGAUAUUUUGACGCUCAUUGAAAGCUACUCUUAGCAGUAUAAAAAUGCGCAAAGACCUUCAGUCUCUACAUUCAAAUGAUACACGGGUGACAGUUUUCCACGUCUUAAAAUUUUUCCGCUAAACAUUUUAAUUUUUUUUUUCUCAAUAAACUGAUAAAUUUGCAUAUUCAUAAAAAUGUUAAAUUAAUGAAAGCACAAAAUUUUCCGCUAUAAUUUCGCCCUAAAACCAUUAGCUGGCUGGCAAUCACAAACAGUGAAAGAAAUUGGAUAUAAAAAUAGACCAGUCAUUCAUAAUUAAAACUGCCGUAGGAACAUAGCAGCUCUGAUAACUCUCUUAAGGUUUAUCAAGGUGAAAAAGAUACAAUAUACUUAGCUAGAUUUUAUUUCUUUCCAUUUCCGGUUAAAACUUGAAACGAUCCCGACGGAGAUAGUUCCUUUACUCUUUUGAAUAACGGAUAUCUCGAUGCCUAAUUUUCUCUUUAUUAAUAAAAACUGCCUUCCAAUUACAAACAAUUUUCUAUUACCACCCGCAGAUAAAGGCAUUUCCAUUGAGACGUUCAUCUAAAGUUAAUUAAUGGCAGUAAAUAGCACAUUAAUUAAGGGAGGGCUUUUGAGGAGCAAUUGAUUAAUAAUUCCUCGACAUAUUUUAUCAACAGUUUUGAAGUUUUAGAAACUGAAACGAGUUAUUUAGCUCUGUUAUACGUCAGUAGUCGGUUUUCUUUUGGUAAUUAUGUUCAUCCUCUAUUUAUAAUUAAAAUACAUUUCUAGUUUUUAAAAAGCAUGACAAAACAAUUUAGAUGGCAAUCUUGCGCGAACUCUACUUAAGCUACUAUUUUGUUUCAUUUCACCACAAUAAAAGACGAAGCAAGAACAUAACAGCCUUGCCUUCCGUGUAUACAAGACCAUAUAGUAUGCUAUUUGUCACAUGGUUUAUGAUCCAUUUUUCUCCAACACAGUUCUUAAAGGCAAUGCUCCUGGUUAAAACUGAUUCGUUUGAUAACAAAAAGCAGUAGUUUUGAAGUUUUUAUCAUGAAUUCUUAAUGUUGGCAACCAAAGGUCACUGAGCACAACAAAAUAAUGGAUCUACAUGUACAAAAUGGACCUGGAGGGUUUACGAUACUUUUAAUCAGUCGUUUAUAAGCAUUAGUUCAUAAAACUAAACUGAAAUGAAGCUAAAAAAUAUCAUUAAUGACUGUUAUAAAUGAAGGGAGAUUUAUUUUUUGUAAUUUUGGCUUUACACUGAACACUAAAACGCGCCCGGAAAACUAAUAAAGCCAGUAAUUUGUUCGUGGAACUUUGAACUAAGAAUAUUGAACUAAAAUCAGCCUAACAAAGGAGGAUUUUCGGACAAUCGUCGUUGGUUUAACUUGGGGGGGGGAUACUCCUACGAAUUCUUAGUGGGGGUGUGCCGCCCGAUUCUUCAAAUCCUGACCUGAUUUCAGACCAAAAAUAUCAUUUUUUACACCCGCUUUCAGACUAGACCUCUAAAAUUCAUACCUGUUUUCAGACCUGCGCCUUUAGGCAGAAAUUAAUAUGUUAUCAUUACUUAUAUUGGAGCGCAAACAACAAAAUUAUUCAAAUCCAUUUCGAAUUCACAUAUUUCUCUUUCUUUCUUACUCAUUUGGAAUUAAAACGAUAAAUACGUCUUCAUAAACUCCCUAGUUCCCUCGAAAACCAUACCCGAUUCCAGACCAAAAUGGGCAAAGUGUAUACCCGUUUUCAGACCAAAACGGCGCAAAACCCCUAACCGAUGGGGCGGCACAUACCUAAAAAAAGGUAUACGGUUUAUAUGAGCCCGGGUGGUUUAAGAAUUCGAUUUUAUGGUGGGGCAUAAAGGAGAACAACAAAAACAUUAAUGAACGCGUAUUAUUAUUAUCUUUCCUUGUCUCGCCUUUUAAUACAACUUUUGACGAAAAGCCUGGUUCUCUGAUAUGUCGCCGAGCUACCUGCGAUAUAGCUGCCGAUACUGCCUGCGACACCGUUCCGAUAUGAGAACUGAAGUUGCCGGCAACAGAGAUAUAUUAUGUCAGUCUGUGCAGCCGGCACGCCGGCGAAGUUGACUCGAGUUCGACUUCGCAGGCAUGCCCGAGGUAAAGACUGACAUGGCCUCUGUUGCCGGCGACUUCUGUUCUCAUAUCAGAACGAUGUCGCAGGCAGUACCGGUGGCUAUGUCGCAGGUAUUUCGGCAGCAUAAGAGAACCAGACUUAAUAGAGCGCCUUAAGAUCCACUGCUACAAUGAACAGUCAAACAUCAAAAUUGCAAUAUCCUACCAUUCAUUCUUUUGUGUUUGUUGUGUAAUCCUGAUAAAACAGGGGCACCCAACCUCAAUUUUUGGAAAACAGUGUUCGGAAAACGAUUUGAGAUCUAGAAUUUUCGGAACAUUUGCUGUAAAAUUUCUUGCUUGCCUGCCUCUAAAAAAUGGUAUAAUUGCUUAUUUUUAACGGGUUUUUACCCUAAAAAGGUCACCUACAAUUUUCGUGGCCUUUUUUCCGGCUGAAAUUUUCGAAGGUAAGUUUUGAUCCCUAUAAUUUUUGGAUUACUAGACUUUGAGCUAGGAAAUCAGAACAGAUGAAGAAUUUUGAGGGGAUAAAAAUAUGCCUGUAUUUACCGUUUAAAUACUAUAUACGCUCAACAACGCUAUGUUUAAGUGUUUUCGAACCCCUAAUAAAACAGCCAACAUUUCGCGACGCAACAAAAAAGUUUCCCUUUAAAGGAACGAGCGCAGAAAUUCCAUACCGAUGACCCUUCACUACCCAGAUAAGUCGGCUUUGGAACUCUUGAUUCCGGUCAGCUUCUGAUUGGUUGAAAAUGUACUUCACCCGAUCAGGAGCACAAUCCAGAAUUGGGACGUUACGUGUCAUCAGUGUGGAAUAGACCUUAUUUACGAUCACUGCCCACCAUCUUUGCCCAGCUUUAGGAUUGAUGGGAUAAAAGCAAUCUCAGGUGGUAAUUCAGGGGCAAAUUUAAACAAGCGACAGAAUUUACCAAUAUAAGAAUCGCGGUUGAGUUUGUAUAUUCCAUGAAAACGCCGGAGGAUCUAGAGAGCAUUAGUCCUUAAGCGCGACAAAGAUGGUGCAGAAGCGGGGAAAACACUGGUCGCGUCGCGAAAUGUCGGCAAUUUUCUCAGGCUAACAUAUCAGCAAAUACCUCUUUAUUCAACUAUUUGCAGGUGCUACCCGAGCAAGAAAAAGCGUCAUUCGAAUGUUGGUUAUAGUCGUCGUGCUAUUCCUAGUUUGCUGGCUUCCAUUCCAUGUUAUGACCUUGUACCAAAACUUCAAGCCUGAAAGUGCGCGACAAAUCGUAUUUUUCCAAGUUUUUAUGUUUAGCCUUUGGCUCAUGUUCUCCAAUAGCUGCUGCAACCCCAUUGUGUACGCAGUCUUCAAUCGUAACUACAGGCGUGAGUUUGGAAGGCUACUAAGGUGAGCAUUUUUACAACUCUUUUUUGGCCAAAAUGAUUUUGAGCUGGCCUUCUCAGUUUUUCUCUAUCUUUAUUAUAAUUUCAUACAUACUCUCUGGACUCAUUUUCACGACUGAAAUUUGAUUUACGUCUACGGCCUUCUUUUACAUGUGCUAAUGCCAAUUACUUUAAAGCGACGAACAACAGUAUUCAAGUUGCACAUAUUUGUGCACAAAACGUAAAACAGUAUACAGUCGUAAUAUUUGAUUAGAACAAACUCUAGAACUCAUGCAAUAAACUUUUCACUGAAUAACCAAAAUGGCGGCUAUUUUUGUGACGUCGCUGGUCCCUAGCAGCGAAGCGGUAGAGAUACGCUAUAGUUAGGAAGUUCUUGAGGUCUUUAUUUUACUAACGUGAAAUUUUGGACUAUAUAACCACCCAUCAACUUUGUUCAGUUGAUUGAGUUGGCCUGCGACUCUUUUCAAAAAUGGUUACUGUUAAAGUUUUGUUAGUCUUGCUCUACACGUAUCAAACAGAAUUAAGUAAAGGUAACAAAAAAUAGAUCGAGAUUUUCAGUCGCAACUUUCAAUAGUCCUCCCUCAUGAUGUAAACCGCCACGCCCAACCCACAAAUUUAUGAUUCAAAGCUCUCAUUUAUCGGAUAUCGAAUAGUUUGCUUGAAAUGCUUGCAGAAGUAUUAUUUUAGGGACCUUAAGAUCCGACGAUGGCGAAGGCAACGAGAACGCGUGUGUUUAAGCGAGAGAGGGUAAAGCUCUUGGGUUAAUACGUAAAGCAACAACUCGAGCUCUAUUGUACACUAUUUUUACAUUUCUUUUCCAUCACUGCAAGACUACAACAUGAAAAUGCUAAUUUUGCAUUGUAAGGGGGACGCAGAGGACGUCAACAAUUCAACUCCAGAGUUCACUUACAUUGGACGAAAUAAUUGUAAUUGAGUUGGAAUAAUUGCAACGGAGAUUGAAAAAUCCACUUUUUAAUCGACUUUUUCGCUGUCCUAGCCGUUCUAGGAUCAUCAAGGUCCCUAUUAAUUGGAUCAUCUGUUCGACGUGAAGUGAUCUCCUUUCUUUUUAGAUGCCAGACUCGUGGCAGUAAGUUGUGUGGAAAGUACCCAGGAUCGUUGUACAAUAAAGACAGGCGUUUCUCAUCUGACACACGUACAUUUUUAAAAACUGCAACCAAUUUUUUACUUCAGAGGAAAAGUAAGGCACAAGAGGACGGCUCAUUUCAAAAUGGAUCAAACCAAGACUCGUCUACGACCCCACGAAUUGUCCACGGUAAUUACUCCAACAGAUCUGGUGGGAUAACCAGGGGCAAUGAGAUACCAUGCGUUGAGUCAAGGCUGUAAUUCGAGACUGAAAUUCAGCUUGAGCUGCAAUUACCCCUGUAUGUAUUAACUCGCAAAAAGUCUUUUUUGGACGCAAGCUAUUGCAGAGAAAAAGAGUCGGGCACAAGGCAUGAAGGCAAAUGGUGCUUGCUGGAUCUGUAUGUGGGUCUAAAGGUGCUGAAAAUGCCCUGUUUAAACUGAACGUCUUGAAGCGGCGUAAGCGAAGGUUCUUUCUGUGGCAACUGAGAUGGCCUAUACACUUGUGAAGAGGAGUAUCCGGCCCAUGGCAGAGGCUAAUUUUGAUUCAAUCAGGCGUUCACGCCAUCUGGUAGGCGAUCGAGUGGCUGGACCCUCAGAUUUUCUCCAUGUCCAUGGUUUUGUAUGGUCUAUCCAUCCAAAAGCAAAUAUAGGUCUUCCAGUCCACCUAACUACUCCUCAGAUCACGACCCAAGAACAUUUUCAAUUUGUGUUACUAACUUAGGCAGUGAGUAAGAACGAUAGUUAUGGUAAAGAGCAAUCCAAAAAAAGGAGGGGCCCUUCCCCUAAAUAUACCCACUCCCACCCCCUUGAUCCAUUAUAACGGCCUAUCUGAGAUGUUUAGAGAUGUCUCAGGAAUCUCAAUAUAAACUGUAAGCAAUAUAAGUAUUUAGCAAUAUCAAUUUUACAGCUAAAAUUUAUGAUUUUAUCCUAAAAGGCCGAAUCAAC